AUGGUCGCUAAAACAAUGAAGAAGAACGAUUCAGAGAACAAUGGCAGCACCCCCAAACCAAACAACAGCCCGGGGGAGGACUGCAUGGUGACGAGGAACAAGAGGAAGGCCUCCAUAAACCUCGAGUCCCCCAGAAAAAGGCUGAAGCGGGCCUGCAAACGCAGUGAGGUGCCAGUGGAGGCUAAGGGUCCAAGGGGGACCAAAAGAAAGCAGAAGACUGGAAACACUGACACCAUCACUGGUGAACCCACCAAGGUGUCAGUGGGGGCUGAGGAGGAGGCCGGUGGUCCCAGGACGAUAAGGAGGGAGAACUCCCUCAGCCCCUCAACCUCCAACGGGAGCACGUUGGACUCACUGAGAACCAGCAGUGACUUCGACGCCGAGUAUCGGCAACUUCGGAAGCUCGGAGAAGGAGGCUUCGGGUCAGUUUAUGCUGGAAUCAGAAAAAGGGAUUGUUUACCAGUGGCGAUAAAACACAUCCCCAAGGCAGAUGUGGAGCAUUGCUCAAUGAUCAUCAAUGGGAAGAAAACCAGCGUUCCCACUGAAGUGCUCCUGAUGCUGAGAGCGGCAGGUGCCCCACGAUCUGCAGCUGUGUCCUUAUUGGACUGGUUCAAUCUUGACCAGGAGGUUCUCCUGGUCAUGGAGAGACCAGUCCCCUCUGUGGACCUCUACAACUACAUGAACGGUCCCUUGGAGGAAGACAAGGCUAAGAACAUCAUGAUACAGCUGGUAGAGGCAGCCAUUAAAAUGCACAACGUGGGAGUCUUCCAUCGGGACAUCAAGACAGAAAAUGUUCUUCUGGAGACCGGUUCUGAUGUCCCUCGCGUGCGCAUCAUCGAUUUUGGAUGUGGCUGCUUGGUGAAGAAGGGACCUUACCCCGGCUUCUCUGGAACCUCUGCGUACGCCCCUCCAGAAUUUUUCAAGCAGGGGCGAUACGAAGCCGGCCCCACCACAGUCUGGCAGCUGGGCACGCUGCUGUAUGAGGUGCUGGAUGGAUACAAGCAAUUUACCACCGCUGAGUUCCUCCACACCAAGACUGCCUUUAUCAGUGAGCUGCUGGAAGUGUCCAAAGAAUGCCAGGAUCUGCUGGAGAAGUGUUUGGUUGAAAAUCCAAAAGAACGCGCCACACUUGAGGAGAUGCAGCAGCACCCCUGGUUCCAAUAA